UCAGCGCAGCCCCUGAAGAGCGGCCUAUUCAGCCGUUAGCUCGUUUGUCUUGUUGUUAAGCAGGUUGUCAUGGCAGAGCACCGACCAGUUAGCUAACACGGGAUUAGGGCGCUUUAAGAAACGAUGACACGUGUAUUUAUUAAAGAAAACCACGCUCGGCAAAUUUUUACAUUCGCUCGAAGCUACAGUGUUUCUUUGGGUCAAAACUGCAGAGACGCCAGCGUCGGUUUAUCUCCAAACAGCCGGAGGUUCGCAGCGGGCUGUGCUCCGUAGAAAAAGCCAAGCUGCUCACGUUAGCUAAUGCUAAACAGAUUACUACAGCUGCAAAAAUAAUCUGUUGGAUUUUUGUUUUUUUACAUUACCUCGUAAGGUCUCUUCUGCUGGACUGAUCUGUAAUCGUGUGGUGCAGUUAUGGAUGAGGAUCAUUUUAUGGAGGAUGAGGAGGAGGAGGAGGAAGAGUUUGACAGCAGUGACAAACCAUCACUACCUUAUAAUGCUCUCCCUCGGUCCACCCGGAUGAACGUGCAGAGAAGCAAUGUCUGCUCUCGUGCUUAUUUCGUUGUUGUCAUGGUUUUCUUCCAUGUGUACAUCAUAAACGUUAUCGCUCUGCUGCUCUACGUGCACUACAACAACGGCCCGGGGGAUUUAGGCGGCGGGGAUGUGGCGGUCAGUGACCCCGGAAACGGGCUGCCCCAACCGGCACCGUCCACCGCAGAGCUGCAGGUGGAGGAGCAGGGCCAAAGUUUCAGCCUCCCACGGAUUGAGGGAAUACGGGUUGGACAUGUUCAGUGGGUGACCCUUGUGCCGGGCAGAACUGUUGAAAUGAAGACCCUCAGCCUGAAACCUCUGCUGUUUGAGAUUCCUGGCUUCCUGUCAGAGGAGGAGUGCCGGGUGGUGGUGCAGCUGGCUCAGCUCAAGGGUUUGAUGGAUAGCCACACGACAACACCUGGCCAGGGACAGGAGUCCCACCAUCCACUGCUUUCUCUCAGUUCAGAGGAGGUCUUCAGCUUAUUGGAUCUGAAUCAAGAUGGUUUGCUUCAGAAGCAUGAGAUUGUGAGUCACUCUCGCUCUCAAGAUGGAACUUGGUUGAGCCCCGAUAACUUGCGGCAGAUCUUGACGGGGCUGGAAGCCUGCUCAACAGGGAUGCUGACAUUGGGGGACUUUAGGCAGGUUUAUGAUGUGUCCCAACUUCCAGGACAGCAGCACAGCGUGAAGCUUCAUUCUGACUUCAAAAAGAGAAGCAAACAUACCUGGCUUUAUCAAGGCCAAGAGUCUCAUCAUGUGUUGCAGGCGCUCCGAAACAGAGUCAUCAGUUUGACACGUUUGCCCUCUGCUCUGGUUGAACUGAGUGAACCACUGCAGGUUAUCCGCUAUGAGCACGGAGACUUUAGCGAUGCCCAUUAUGACAGCAGUCCUUCUCGCUCAGAGACUCCCUGUUCGCACACACGACUGGCAGGAAAUACUUCUGCUCUCACAGAGGUCUCUUGCAGAUAUCUGACCGUCUUAUUUUACCUCAGCUCUGUGGACGAUGGUGGGGAAACCACCUUUCCUGUUGCGGACAAUCGGACCUAUGAGGAGCAGGCACUGGUGCAGGAUGGAGUUGAUUUGACAGACACCCAGCAGACAUGUGACAAAGGGAAUCUGAGAAUGAAACCCACUGCUGGGACAGCCCUCUUGUGGUACAACCAUCUCUCUGAUGGUAGAGGCUGGAUGGGUGAGCUAGAUGAGUAUUCUCUACACGGUGACUGCCCAUUGAGACGAGGGGUGAAGUGGGUGGCCAACAGCUGGGUAAAUGUGGACCCAGAUCACCAACAACAGGCCCGCUACCAGAGACUAGUUGCACAAAGGCAACAAGCUACAUCUGGCAUUGAGGACCAUUAUCAGUCCCUUUCACACAGUGACCUCCACCAAGACCUAUAGCCAGACCUAAUAUUGAUGUAACAAACCAACCGUUCCUUUAUAACAGACUCCGUUUCAUACAUGAAUACGCUGAGAUUUGGAUAAUGCUUCCAUUAUAACAAAUGUUGUAAUCAAAGUGGAAAAUUGCACAAUAUAGCAUCACAUAUCUCCUUUUAAAGAAAAUGUAUUGUAAUUUUUUAUAUAAGCUACUGGGAAGGAUGGGGAACGUGUUCCCUUUCAGUUAAAGGUCAUCAGUGAUAAACUAUUAUCUAUCAAAAUGAAUGGAAUUUUCUUAAAACUGCGCCUUAAAUGAAUGAAAUGUAUUGAGAAUGAUAGAAAUAUGUUGACACCAUCACAUCGAGUUUAGGAUGCAGUCAAAUCUAAGAUUAGUCUGAUUACAAGCCUUCCAUUUACAUUUGCGAGGCAUCUAUUGUUAGUGUAAAAGCCUUUUGUUAAAAGCUAUGCCACAAUAGUCAUAUGCAGUUGUGUUCCUGAGGGGAUUUCUUUAUGAGACUUUGUAUGUAAGAUUUUCUUCAUCUGUCCCAGAGUUAAUGACCUUUCAUCAUGAAGUAUUAUUUGAAAAGUUUGCUUUGUUAUACCUACAGCUAAUGCAGUCCUUCAGGUGAAAUCCAAAGUUAGCUUUUUAUCAUUCAAAAUUGUGUGUUUCUUGUCCCCAAAACCGAAAUCUAUUUAUUAUUUAAGACUAUUUAUUAUAUUAUUUAAAUGUAAUUUAUUGAACUAUUUAUUGCCACCGUUUGAGUUAACAUCAGCUUGACGUUGCACUGAAUCUGUCACCAUGUUAUUGUAUUUACAUGUCAUGAAAAGCUAUGAAAUAUACGGUAUAAAGCUAUGCUUCGUUGGUACCAUCCUGUGAUCUGAUUUCUCUACUGCUGUUGGUGUGCAUGAUGACCACUAGAGGUCACUCAACACCAAAGACAACACUACAAUCUAUGACUGCA